AUGAAUGAGGGAAAGGGUGAAAAGGGGAUAGAGGUGGCGGUCAAGAGCAAAGAGGAAGGGGAAGGAGAUGUUCCGCUCCGCCUCCCGCCGUCAACCCCCCGACUCCCUCCCGUCUACCCGCCCUCCUCCCCUCCUCCUAACCCUAACCCUAACCCUAACCCCCCUCCCCUUCAGAAGCCAUCCAAGACCCUGGCCCUAGACCCCGACGCCAAGCUCGCCCUCCACAUCGCCAUGGCCCACGCCUGCCUCGCCCUCUCCCUCCUCCUCCUCUACGGCUCUACCGCCUCCUCCACUCUUCCUCCCCCUCUCCAGUGGGCCCUGCUCUGCUCCAUCCCCCUCCGCCAGCUCCACCAAGCUCUGCUCCACUUCUCCCCACCCCUCUCCCUCGGGGUCCUCCCGACGGUCCUUGCGCUUCCCUCCGCCGCCCUCCGCUCCUCCGCCGCCACCCUCUCCGACCUCCGCCUCCUUGGGCCCUGCCUCUCUCCAUCCCCUCCGCCAGCUCCACCAAGCUCUGCUCCACUUCUGGGCCCCACCCCUCUCCCUCGGGGUCCUCCCGACGGUCCUUGCGCUUCCCUCCGCCGCCCUCCGCUCCUUCCGCCGCCACCCUCUCCGACCUCCGCCUCCUGCUCCUCCGCCGCCGAAAGGGCGGGGACGGCGCCCCGGCGCGGAAUUAUCCCGCUCCUCCGCUGGCUGCGGACUUUCUGGACUCUUCCUCGCUCUCCUACGCAGACCUCGGCUCGUAGCGUCGCCGUCAUCGCUCCGCCAGAGCCUGCUUCUUGCGGCCGACCGCCUCGGCCGUCACCAACUCCGGCCUUCGCCAACGCGACGUCCGUCAAAGGCGGCGCCUUUCUCACCUCUGCCAUCCUGAAGCGUCUUGAGACCAUCAUCGCCGUCGGUCUCAUGGUCGGCAUGAUCGUCGGAGCCCUCGCUGGCGGCGCCUUCUUCUCCUAUAAAAUCGCCGUCGAGGGGAAAGAUGCUGUUGUUUCUCUAAAAGAGCACGUGCAGAAUAGUAACUAUGCGGAGAAGAUUGGGUUCAAGAAGUGGAUUGAGGAGAAUGAUGUGCCCGGAUUAGUUGAUCAGUACUCGGCUAGGGUUUAUGAGACUGUUUGGGAUCAGGUCGAUCAGCUUGCUGUUCAGUACAAUCUGACGGAGUUCUCAAAGGGUUUGAGGCAUUUCUUGAUCGCUCAGUCGGUUGAUCUAUCGAAAGGGUCUCCAACGAGCAUUAUUGGGUCAAGCCCGCCGCAUCCUUAUAGCUUGAAGCUGCAGAGUUUGACUGUGAGAGCGAAGAACGGGCAAUGGGGAGAGAUUUAUAACGAAUUAGAUUCAAUACUUAGGGAUUUGAUGGUUACGAGAGUGGAUUUGGUCGAAAAGGCUAAAGGGUUUGCUUUUCAGGGGAUUGAGGUUUCGAAGAGGGUUCUUGCAAGUGGGACUUCAGUUCUCGGUGGCAGUGCGAGUUUAUUGCUUUCCGUUGUGCUUGCAAUCGUUUCGGGGGCUGCUGAGGUGCUGAAUUUUGUGUCGCAAUUGAUGGUUUUCUUGUGGGUUUUGUUCUAUUUGAUUACCUCUGAGUCAGGAGGAGCGACUGAGCAAGUUAUGGGAUUGUUACCCAUAUCGAAUUCUGUAAGGAAUCGGUGUGUUGAGGUCAUCAACCAUGCGAUUGGUAGUGUGUUUUUGGCUACUGCGAAGAUUGCAAUCUUUCAAGGCUGUCUCACUUGGUUGUUGUUCAGGUUCUUUUCGGUGCAUUUUGUGUACAUGUCGACGGUUUUAGCUUUUCUUAGUCCCUUGUUGCCUAUAUUGCCACCAUUGCUAUCAACCAUCCCUGCAGCGGCACAAUUAUUCAUGGAAGGGAGGUAUUUUUUGGCUGUUGGAUUGACGGUGGUACACCUUGUGUUGAUGGAUUAUGGGACGUCAGUUAUUCAGGAGGAUAUACCGGGACAUAAUGCGUACCUCACGGGACUCAGCAUUCUUGGUGGUGUGACGUUGUUCCCUAAUGCUCUGGAGGGAGCAAUCAUGGGUCCUCUAAUAAUGACUGUUGUCAUUGCUCUGAAGAACUUAUAUGCGGAGUUUGUAUUAGGGAGUGGAGAAGAAAGUGGCAAUGUUCAGUGUUCAUAGAUAUAUGCUGAAUACCUCAAGUUAGUCACUCUGGUCAAUUCCGUGAGUAAAUAACCCAGGUGACAUCGUUUACAGAAAGAGUUAGCUUCUCAGUUGCUGUAGUUAUAUGCUAUAUACUCGAUUAAAUUCUUAUAUUGAUUAUUUUUACACAAGGAGGAACCGUUAAUUAGGAUGUGUAUUUUGUUCUGUAUCAGUUGUUUACUCCCUGUUGUGGUUCCAUACAAGUGAUUGUUGUAGAUUUGCUGCUUGAGUUUCUUAUAAAGAAGUUGUUUGAUUUCAUGU